AUGGCUAAAUCAAAGAACUCCACUAAUAAGAACCAAAUUUCCAAGUCCCACAGAAACGGUAUCAAGAAGCCCAAGGACCACAGACACAUCUCCACCAAGGGUGUUAACCCCAGAUUCUUGAGAAACAGAAGAAGAGCUAUCAAGAACGAUCCCUCCAUCAAGAAGAGCAAAAACCUCGAAAAGAAGGUCAACAAGGAGUGA